AUGGCAGACGAUUCAACCCAAACUCUCCCGUACAUCUUCUACUGGAAUCCAUUCUCUAUUUGCUCACUCCAAGUCCGCUAUACAAUAGCCAUCAGCGGUACUACUAAACCCUCGGGUGACCCAAUGGUCGUGGAAGAACGCCAGGUUAACAUCUAUGCUGGAGAACAAUUAGACGAAGCAUUCCUAUGCACCGUGAACCCAGAAGGCCAGGUACCGGUUAUGAGCCACCAGACUACUCUGGCUCAACCCAUUCGAGAUAGUUUAGAAAUUACCUUGUAUAUGGCCGAAAAAUAUCCCGACCUGAUUCCCGCAUCCCACAAGGGUAAAAUACUUUCAUUGUUGGAAGAGUUGCAUUCCAUCAACUACUUCUCGCUUUCGUUCACAGGCAUGCAGGAAGUUAUCAAUAUGCACUUAAGAGAUCCCAUUGUGAAACUACUGGAAAGUCCUGGCAUAUCUCAGCGCUAUCAUGAUGCGUUACAGUACAAGCUCAGCGUCGUUGAGAAAGACAAAGUACGGGGCUUAGAAGAAGCACAAGUCAAGAUAGAAGAAGAGAAAGCCCGCUGUGUUUUAUCAAAACUGAACUCUUUUGUACAACAAGAACAGGGUCCUUGGAUGUUUGGACGAGACCAACCAACAGCACUUGACGCGCAUGGAGUCAUUUUUCUGGCUCGGCUCGACGACGUAGGCAGGGCCAAUUUCAUCCCAUCGGGUCUGAAAAGGUACUACACCAUGGCUAUGGAUUCGCCUGAGUGGCGGUCUGUAAUGGAAGGACGUCGAACAAUGGUCACCAUGGCUCAGAUGCUCUGA